AUGUUUUAUCACGUUUCCCUUGAACAUGAGAUUUUGUUGCAUCCACGUUACUUUGGACCAAAUUUACUGAAUAUUGUGAAACAGAAGCUUUUCACUGAAGUUGAGGGCACCUGCACAGGAAAGUAUGGGUUUGUUAUUGCUGUGACCACCAUUGACAAUAUUGGAGCGGGUCUGAUACAACCCAGUCGGGGGUUUGUGGUCUACCCUGUCAAGUACAAGGCCAUUGUUUUCAGGCCAUUCAAAGGAGAAGUUCUUGAUGCAGUAGUUACUCAAGUUAAUAAGGUUGGCUUGUUUACAGAAAUUGGACCACUUUCCUGCUUUAUUUCUCGUCAUUCCAUUCCAGCAGACAUGGAAUUUGAUCCAAGUUCAACUCCACCCUGUUACAAAACGAAAGAUGAGGAUGUUGUCAUACAGGAAGAAGAUACAAUCCGACUGAGGAUUGUGGGCACAAGAGUUGAUGCUAAAGACAUUUUUGCGAUUGGUACACUAAUGGAUGAUUUCUUGG